CAAGAUGGGUCACCAGCAGCUCUACUGGAGUCACCUGAGAAAAUUCGGCCAGGGUUCUCGCUCUUGCCAAGUCUGUUCAAACCGACACGGCCUGAUCCAGAAAUAUGGACUCAGCAUGUGCCGCCAGUGUUUCUGUCAGUAUGCCAAGGACAUAGGCUUCAUUAAGUUGGACUAAAUGAUCUUCCUUGAAUUGGCUGUGGAGAAAUCUACCGUAAAGCAG